AUGGGUGACGGAUCCAGGAAAGCUGUUAUCAAAAAUGCAGAUAUGUCCGAGGAAAUGCAACAAGAUGCGAUAGAGGCAGCAACCCAAGCAUUUGAAAAGUACAACAUCGAGAAAGAUAUUGCUGCAUAUAUUAAGAAAGAAUUCGACAAGAAACAUAGUCCAACUUGGCAUUGUGUCGUUGGGAGGAACUUUGGGAGCUACGUAACACAUGAGACAAAACACUUUAUCUAUUUCUACGCUGGACAAGUUGCAAUCCUUUUGUUCAAAUCCGGUUAA